UGUGAUUCAUGAUGUAUUUUUAGUUAGGAAGUGAAGUGAUCUGUUUAGUGUCUGCAACAUGUUGAUAAUGAUAUGAGCCUUCAUACUUGACAAAAUGACGUCAAUGUUCAAACAGGAAAUAUGUAAAUUUGACCUUUUUCGGGGAACCACACUAAUGUUAAUCCGCAGCCAUUAACCUUUUCCCGUGUCUCUGCACUCCACCCAAAGCAUUAGUCAGUUAUUAAAGAGAGAUUAUAAUGCCGAUUUGCACAGAAAUUGAAAAUAAAAUAAUCUUCAAAACAAAUGUUUCCACUGCCUCUUUGAAACAGCUGUCUCACUUUUAUUCAAUUGAGGUAUUUUGAAAUAUUUAAUCCCAUAAUUUGCAUAUACAACAUAGAAAUACCAAUUAAACUGAUAUAAUAAUGAGACAGGAAACGAACUUUCAUGCUCGACCAAUUACACUCUUUUAAAAUGUAUAUCUUAUGCAACGUCAUGUCAUUGUCAGGUUGUUCCAUAGUUAAAUCAUGGAGCUAUGGUUAAAUCAUGCUUAUGAAUGAUUUCCUCAGUGGAAAUUAUAAAAGUGCACCCCUGCCCUGAAGCUGUGAUGAUGAUGGAAUUUUGUUAAUAAACAGAUAAAUUUUCCAUGUGGCAAAGGGCCCCACAGGAAAUGCAGGAAAAGGCCUUGACGUCUAUACAUGGAGAAAUAAUGGUCUAUACAUGCGUGCCUAGUACAAAGAAUCUAAAAACUUCCCCAUGUCAGUAGUAGUACAGUCACGAACCUCAUUUAAAUAUUCAGCAAGCUAUGAUUCAUGCUAUGAAUGGAAUGAGUAAUGUCAUCCUCAGUCACCCAAUGGGCAGACAACAGAGUGCCGGACAGCAGGUCUUCUCAUGAAUAUUCAGUGUUGUGCUGGCCAAUGGCGGGAGGCCAGCAUUGUGCAAUUGAUCACUCGCCCGGGGAGUGAUCAGGGUGCAAUGUGCAAAUUGUAUUGGCAAGUAAUUUACUAUCACUCUGGUUUGUUUAUUUUUGUGUGUGAUGGAAGGAUAACAAAGUUUGCUUAACUCUUCAAAGAGUUCAUGCUGCAAGAUUGUGAAACUCAUCACCGCAAGAGGCAACGAACCCAGAGCUCCACCAUGGAGCGGUCGGACUACGACGCAGUGCAGACCCUUCUCCUGAUGAGACACUGCCCGCCUGCUGCCAAGACGGACACUGCCUCCCUGCCUCCUUCUACUAACAGCGUCCCCCCGGAUCAUGCUCCCCUCUCCCCAGCUUCUUCUCUUGAUGAACCUGCGGAGGUCACCGAGAUGGAGUACACAUUACCACACAGAAAAACAAUUGGCCAUAUCGAAACGCCUCCUCUGACACCACCACCAGGGCAGGCCCUCACCAGAUUCCACAUCCCAGUCAUGACGGGAUUGGCCACCAGAGUGACCCCAGUGUUCCCGACCAGUCACACGGCCCCUUCCUCCAUCCCCAACAGCCCGUUUCUGAUGACGCACCGCCUGGACAGCUGCAGUGUGGUCAACGCAACGCCCAGCGUCAUGUCCAGCCAGGAGAGGCCUAGCAUGUGGGUAAAAGAUGUCACCCUGGCCCAAACCCCAAACCCUGUCGCCCAAUCCCAAACCCCUGUCGCCCAAAUCCCAACCUCCGUCACCGGAACCAGUGCGGCGAACAAUCGGGUGACUCUGACCCUGCCACCGCCUUGCACACAGAGUGUCGCCCAGCCGGUCAGUCAGUCGGCGAGAAUUCUCCCCACGAACACUGUCAGCGCAGUGCCUGGUAACAUCUUUAAAAUCCCUGUGAUGAACCCGGGAAGCGUGUGCCGAUUUGUACCUGCUGUUGCCUCAGUUUCAAGUGCAAUCUCUUCCAUAGCUCCCUCUGUGGUCGCGCCGACACCUGCAGUGUUGAACAGUAACGUCUCGACAGUCGCAGUGUCUACGGUCCCAGCACCUUCAAAAGUGGACAGUCCCAAGCCCGUGCCAAGCUCUACCCAGUACAAACUCAUUGUGAUGGCCGUGCCAGCAGACAUGAUGCAGGCCGUCGGUACCGUGUCCAGGGGUGACCAGAUUGUGACUGCCGGGACCAAGUACUGCCCUCUUGCCCCCGCACCGGUGUCAAACACAAACUCUGUUAAUGCCAACAAGGCCAGCAUGCAGCCUGCAGUAAUGGAAUUCUUGAGGCGGCGGAACCAUGUGUGUACGCACGAGAACUGUGGGAAGACAUACUUCAAGAGCUCACACUUGAAAGCACACCUCAGGACGCAUACAGGUGAGAAACCAUUCGUCUGCUCGUGGGAAAACUGCGACAAGCGCUUUGCGCGCUCGGACGAGCUCUCCCGCCACAAGCGCACCCACACCGGGGAGAAGAAGUUCACCUGCCCGAUGUGCGAUCGCCGCUUCAUGCGCAGCGAUCACCUGACCAAGCACGCCCGGCGACACAUGUCGGCCAAGAAGAUCCCCAACUGGCAGCUUGAGGUGACCAAGUUGACGGACAUGGCGUCGAAUGAGAAACAGACUGGUGUGGUACAGGGCGUCAUCCUGAACGCUGUGCAGUAAAGCCAGCUGAACAUCAGCGGUUUUGAGACCUGGCAAGCAGAAUGUUUGAAAAGCUUCUUUUUCUUGAUAUUUAUUAAAACACAUGUAUAACUUUUCAAUGCUGUUUUGUAUACUUACUGUUUAUGUAAUAUAUAUGACGUGGUAUAUCAAAAUCCAAGCAGAAUUUGGCAGAGCUAAGUAUGGAGAAACAGUUGCAAAAUGAAAAGGGGGGGGGGAUUUUCAGCAAACUAAAGGCUAGUUUCUAUGCUUCUGUAUGCCCAUUUCUUAACUUAGUUAAUAUUGUCGUCUUAUGAUGACGCCUUUUCUGGAUAACUUUUUAUCACUCAAGUCAAACUUUAAAGGCCUAUUUCUCAUUUUGGUCAUUUCAGACAGUCUUUUUUCAAAAUUUAAUAACUUCGCUUUGGAAUAUCCAAUAAAAAAAAAUUGGGUUUUUAAAGAACAUGGUCUAUGUUUUACUAUUAUUGCAAUAACUCAAAAAUGUAAUUCUUGCCCGAAUGUGCCUGAUUUUGUCAUACCAUGUCACACAAGUUAUAUGCUGCAAGUUCAUUUUUUUUCAAGACUCUACAUUACCUUUGUUUUAAUAUUGUCGUUACAAGUGCAAAACCUGCAGGUUAUAUAAGUAACAUUUACAAGAAGUUGAACUGAUUUAGAAGACCACCUGUCAGCAUCCUGGACUCGUACAUCAAAGAGUUUCUUGAAAGUUUCUCUUUAAAUUGUAAGACUGAUAUUGGGGUCAGUUUCAGGGCACUCCUUCAGAUUUUGAUGUGUGUAGUACAAAUACCUGUACUUUGUGAUAUGAUUCUCGUAUAUGACGAAAAUUCGUCCCACACAUUUACUGGCAUGUGCAUUGAUAGAGCAAACUUGUUUACGUCAAAUGGGGACAAAUUUGUACAAAUUGUGUUGAUCAGCUCAUAUCUGCUGAAUCAUAAAAAGAAAAAAAACAUUGAAUAGUUGCGAAACACAUUUACCGUACAAUGUAUGCAUUACUCAGAAAUGUUUUUGUUAUCACAUUUUUCUUACAUAUUGACAUACAUCGAAUUUACAUUUUUUUUAUGGACUUUUUGUACAUUCAACAGCUCCUUGUGAGAUUUACAACUUGGAUGUCAGUAAUUUCCUCUUAAUUAAAUGGGAAUUGGAACUUUAAUACAAGUCGUUAAAUACUUUGUGUAUGGGCUCUGGAAUAAGAAAUGCAUGGGCUCUGGAAUAAGAAAUGCAUGUACAUUGCUCUUAUGUGAAAUGCUACAGAUACCAUUUGGUAUAUUUGAUACUUGUAUAUCACAUCUUUAUAACUGGGCAUUUUCCAAAUGCGAAAAUUGAUUCUGGUUUUAAGAACAAUCUACUGUUUGGUAUAAAUGGUAUUUUCACCAUGGAUUCACUUCAAGUCAGAGCUGAAAUGUGAUCAGAUCUCACGUACAAAAUAUGUCUGUGAUACGAUAGUCAACGCUGGUAGAGUUUUCGGACCUAACGUUGUUAAAUAUAAAGUGAAAUGAAUUAUUUGGUGGAAGUUUUAUCCUUGCAAUUUACAACCAGUUGCAUUGUGGACCUAUUCCAAAGAAUUUCAAAUAAUUACAAGUGUUCUUGAUGUACAUGUACUUAAAAAAUCGAAGGGAAAAAGAGAUGAAUGAAAUAGUUUUGAGACUUAAUUUUUUUGAGAUCUGGUCACAUGUCAAGCACACUAAAUUUAAGUAACUUUUUGCAGAAACUCACUCAAGUUGAGAAUGGUUUGAAAAAGUGGGCGAAGGACUUCGUCAAGACAAGAUUUAGAAAUCGUCAAUUCUUGUGGCCUUUACUUUGAUAUAAAAUUAUUUUGUGUAAUGUUUAUAAUACAUGUACAAAAGAAAUAAAUAUCUCAGGGACAAAAAUGCGAAAGGCGAGGAAAGUUUAAAAAAGUAUAUGUUGUGAAGAUGAAAUAUCUUUCAUCAGUCGGCAACGUUGCAAAAGGAAUCACUUUUGUCAACUUUCAGAACAUGGUCCUUCUGUAACUGUGUAAUGCCGCAACUUACAAAAUUUGUGCAUAUUAUCAAACCGUUUGAUAAAGGUAGACAAAACGUUCAUUAAGCUAUAAGAAUGAUAAGAAAUUAACAUCGAUAAUUGGGGAAAAUGAAUAUUAAUAAGAUAAAGUUUAUGGUAGCACCAUGUAACAAAUCUUUGUUGUGAGUUAAUGAGGUUGUGAAAAGAAAAAAAGAGUUGUUCCGUAAAAGGACCGUGCCAAAGAUUGUUAUAAUUAAAAAUAAUUGGUUGUUUGAAAGGGAGCCUUUUAAAAUCUCCAAAGAGGAAUUUUUGAAUGAGUAUUUAAGUAUGCCUUUAAGAUGCUGCAGCAUAUCGAAGCGGACGUGUUUUUCUUCAUGAAGAGGAAAAGUGAAAGUGCAAUGCAUUGUAUAGUUUGAAAAGUGUCACAUUAAGUUAAAGGAUGGUUAUUCAACAUUUGUGUAAAAUGUAUAUAUCCAUGUAAAGGGUUUUUGUAUAAUUUGUAGGUUGAUGAGAAUGUAGUCAUGUUAUUUACUAUUUUAAUCAUUUGUACAACUUACAGAGUAAGAAAAUUAAUUGAAAUUGUGGGGAAACAAUUGUCAAGUAUAUAUACAUGUGCUUGUCAACUUCAUGUCACUGUGGAUACGAUUAAAAAAAAUUACAUCCACGUUA